AUGAUUUCCUCCAACACGAGGGCGUCGCGGUCGCGCUUCUCAAGCCCUUCGCGGCCGCUCGAGCCCAAGAGCUCCGCGGGCAAUGAUUCCAAGACGUUUAUGCAGCGGUGGCUGGAGCCGUCGGUCCAGAGCAAGGCAAGCUUCGAGGAGGCGGGAUUGAUGCGGUACGGCGUGCUGGAGACCAUGGCGCCGCUGGGGACGCUGCCCAAGCCCAAGAAGACGGGAGACGCUGGACCAGGCCACCAGUCUGUGCGGAAAAUCAUUCUCAGGCCCUCGGGGACGUCGCACGCCGCAACCCAUCACGACGACCAGGCCGCGCUGCCCAGGACCAGACCCAGGGCGCCGUCUUCCCCCGCUCCCUCGACACCGCCUCCUCCCGCGUCAGCACCAUCGCACAGGAGGCUACAGGCCGCCAAAGAUGCCGAGGACGAGGAAUACGACCCCAAGGGGGCCUCGCGUCGACGACCCUCACGGCGCGUGUCGGUGCCUGCCAAGCAGCCGCGGCAACACGCGAACACGGGCGAGGCCAAAACUACCACCGUUGUCAUCACUACGCCAAAGGCCAAGCUGGCAGCAGCUACUCCAAAGAAGGCGCCUCCACGGGAGCCCGAGGACAGGGAUUUUGCGGACAAGGUCGUUGAGGCAGCCGUCGACGAAGCACUCAUGCACUACCGGUAUCCUACGGCUUGGGCACUUAGGUCACUCUACGAUGAACGAUGCGGCGAUUCUGAAUUUGUGGCCAUGGUGGAGGACGUCUUCAAGCAGACAGCCGACGCCGAGACCAUGGAUGAAUUCGCCCGGCUCAUUGAAGUCAAGAAGCGAGAGGGAAAGAAGGACGACCAGGGCUGUUACUACUUCGUGCCCCCUUCUACUAACAGCAGGUUCACUCCGCACAAGCCAAAGCCAGCUCCCUAUGCCAGGCUUCUGAUCCAUCACGCCGACGACGAAAAGGGCGAGAUGCGAGCCGCCAAGAGGAGCAAGUCUUCGCACGCCGGCGAGACGUCACGCAGCAAGAAGAUGGCCCACGGCAUCAAAUCGCAUGGCGACAGCAUCCGCACGCCGUCGCGCAGGCGUCACCGGCGGGACUCGGGCUCUAGCGAGUCAUCCCUGUCGUCAGCAAUGAGCCUCUCGUCGCCGGAAGCCAGCGUCCACAGCCUCAGCCCGACUCGUGCUGCUGCUGCUAGCGGUGGUGGUAACGGUGGUAAUGGUGGUGGUGCCACGGUCGCUGACACUGUGAUUGCUGCUGCGUCGACUACGGGGGACCGGUCCCAGUCGUCCCAUGAUGCGCCAAAAUCUCGGCCAAUCACCAGCACGCGCCGCAAAUCUCUCGCCUCCGACAAGCAGCCCGUGUCCAACUCUUCGGAGCCAAACUCUCCCACACUUCCGAGCCGCACCCACACAUCCGCGACCGAUGCCAGUAUGCCUGGCAGGGUCACCGGCUCUGAGUUGUUGCUCUCCAACCCUCCCAGCAAAGCUGCCGGCAACGCCAGGUCAGUCUGCCACAAGGACGGCGCCAGCGCUGUCGGGGCUCAAAUGCCUGCAGAUGACGACGAUCUGUUUUGGACUCGGCGUCGCGAUGCUCAGAGGGUCACCAACGGCUAUACAGCCAGGGAGAGUUCAGUUCGGAAUGGUGACGAUGAUGAGCGCGACGAAGUGACUCCUGCAAAGAGGACGAGGAGGACGCGGCACUCCCUGGCAGCUCCCAUCAGCACGCGGUCCACGCGAUCAGCAAGCAAGCGGCCAGGCAGCAACAGCAACAACAACAAUGACGAUGUAGACAUUGCCGUCUCAUCGCCACUGGCCUUUUCAUUCAACGAAGGUAGCUCAACUGUUGGAUCUCGUGCCGUGACGCCAACUGGUCUGCGUCCGACAAAGAAGCCGAGGACAGGCCUCCGUAUCAAGUUGUCGCCAAUGAAAAAGAAGGGCGGAACUGCUGCCGGUGUUCCUCGCUCAACGGGUGAGGCACAAUCAGUAACGGUAAGCAAUGGUGCACCAAGAGACCAGGGAUCCGAUAACGAUGAGUACUGCUCUGCAUGUGGUAAUACAGGAGACGUCGUCUGCUGUGAUGGCUGCCCACGCUCAUUCCACUUUGAGUGCGUGGAUAUGGUGCAGUCUGACCAUCUCCCUGACGAAUGGUACUGCAACGAAUGCCUUGUUCGGCGGUAUCCAUCACGCGUGCCCGUCUAUAAGGGUGCAUUCGCGAGUGCUCUCAACGCCUUGGAGAAGAGCAUUCCUCGUGCCUUUAGCCUGCCGAAAAAGCUUCAGAAUCGAUUUGAAGGUGUCAAGGCCGGCGCCGAUGGCGACUAUGAAGAGGUGACGAGCAAGCAAAAGAAGCGUGCUGGCUAUGACGAGCUGCCGGAUUUCUUCAAGCAGCGUGAAGACGGAGAAGCGGUGCUGUGUCACGCUUGUCAAAAACCAGCCACUGAGAUUCGAGCCAUCAUCCCUUGCAGCGCCUGUCCAUUCCAUUGGCACAUUGACUGCCUGGACCCCCCACUGGCCAUGCCCCCCGUCUUGAAGACUUGGCGAUGUCCAGCACACGUCGAUGAUGUGUUGGGAGACGUGCCACCUCUGGCGCCAGCGCAUCGCUUCCGCAGAGUUAAAGGCGGUCAAAUCAUUACACCGGCUCUCAGCCGCGGCAUCAGGAAUAACGGCCACAUCGAGCUUGAUUGGGCCGAUGAGCCCGAGGAAUCUGAUAAGUCGGGCUGGCGUGACCCCGACUCGUUUGGCAAAACAUACAGGCUACAGGCCAAGGGAGUUGUUCUCGAUUUCAUUGAGCAGCUACGGCAUCGUGGUGCUGGAUAUGGCCCGCGUCAUGACGAAUUGCGGUGGAUGUCUUAUGCACCUCCAGCCCCAUCCAUGAGCGAUGCAGGCGGUCUGCUUCUCGGUUCUGCUUACGACCGCAAGGUGAACGAGAUGCAAGCGUCUCUGAACCUUUUGGGCCUCAAGCAGAGUCGGUCCGAGAAUAUCGAUCAGCUUACGGCUGCUCUUCUGUCUGCUGCUGAUGACAAUGUCUUGGCCCUCAUAGCGAGAGGCAAUGCGGACAACAUCGCCUCUGGCCAGCUAGUACAGGAUGACAAAAUGAGCCUUCGUGCUAUGCUGGCGCAGAUGAACGCCAUGGGUGAUAGGAUUCGCCACCUCCUGGGCGAUGAAGCCCCGCCAACAGAACUGGCUCACAAGGCCACUGAUACGGGCUCACCUAUCACCGACACUUCCGGCGUGGAUACAUUUCCAGAGAAGACGGAGCCAACUGCCCCUGUUACCGAACCCACACCACCCUCGACCGUAGAUCACGGGGAGGGCACUAUGGAACUCGACUGA